UGUGUCAACGUUGUAAAGGUUUUGUGGACCUGUCAACACAUCAAGACGAUCAACAUGUCACACAUAUGAAUGAGAACCAACACCACCAUCUACGCAUGUUAUUUGUGUCAAAACUGGAAAAUAUGACGGAACUAUAGGGUAUUGUUGCAGCCCCAAAAAGUGAAAACAAGUAUAAAACAUCCACAAAAACAAUACCACCACACACCCAUAGAAAUGUAGCCUAUACCCCUUAUCAGAACUUUGCUUUCUUGAGCCCUGGCUGAUGACAGAGUGACUCACGAUGAUAACAGGCAGGACUGGGCAGGAAUGGCGCUCCUGCAGCAAUUUAACAUGGAGGGAAGUGGAGGAGGCGGCGCGUUAAUAUCAUCCAGCCAGCGGAGGGCCGGGUCCGCAGCUUCUUUCCAUCCCGUCUCUACUGCUCGCUCAUAUUUAUGCAUUAGGCGUUUCUGCAGUGAGCCGCUGGAUAUUGAUGUGUUUUAAGGAGGUGUCCCCAGUCACCUCCCCUCCCUUCUUCUCCCUCUCUCUUUCUCUCCUCCCUGCCUCCUCCGUGCUGCUGGUCCGCGGGGGUCUCGGUGCGCUCAGACGCGCUCGGCGUUCAGACUCGUAAGGACCCCGAUGGCCCCCAACCACAGAGACUGCGCUAACCAGACGACCAGCUCCGGCUUCAAGCUCCCCUAGCGAAGGCAGGAACCCGAGAGCCUGCUCCUGGAAUACCGCAUUGUUUUAUAAUUUCCAUCAAGAGAGAGAGAAAGGUGAUGGUGCUGAUGAUGCGCCCGCGAUGGUGGAUUUCCCUUUUGUGCGUCUGUGGAUUGAUGCACGUCGGUCACCAGAGCAGCCCAAAUGACCAAAAUGGAGACGCCUUGUCGAGCUUGAAGGCUCUUCGUGAUGCAGGCAGGUUUGUCGGGAAGGAGGGCACGGUGCCUCUCCGCCUGCUCUACAGCAGGCACAACCACAGCCAGAUCACCGAGGAUGAGCUCAGCACCAGGGUUAAAGCCAGCUCCGGCUCCACACAGGUGAACCAUGUGGCCCAAGCAAGCUUUCAAGUCGACGCUUUUGGCAGAAAAUUCAUCUUGGAUGUAGAGCUGAAUCAUGAUCUGCUGUCUUCAGGGUACGUGGAAAGGCAUUUGUCAGAAAAAGGGAGGACAGUCGUCAGCAAUGGAGGAGAGCACUGCUACUAUCAGGGGAAGGUCAGAGACAUUCCUCUCUCCUUUGUGGCUCUCUCGACCUGUCAUGGAUUGCAUGGGAUGUUUUUCGAUGGCAAUCACACCUACAUGAUCGAACCUGGAGGACAAGGCAGCAGCGAUGGAGAUGUCCGCAUUCACAUGAUCUAUAAAUCUGCAGGGCAAGAUGGAUUAAAUGAUCUCCUCAAUGGUGAUCUUCCAGAGCCGCCUUUUCCCAGCCCUCCAUUUCCAGGCUCAAAAGUUGUUCACAGGAGAAAAAAGAGACAGGCUUCACACGUGUCACGAAGUGUAGAAGAUGAGACCAAAUACAUUGAGUUGAUGGUGAUUAAUGACCAUCUAAUGUAUAAGAAGCAUCGGCUUUCCGUUGGGCACACGAAUAACUAUGCUAAGUCAGUGGUCAAUAUGGCUGACAUGAUUUUCAAGGAACAACUUAAUACCCGGAUUGUGCUAGUAGCCAUGGAAACGUGGUCAGCUGACAACAAGUUCAACAUCGACGACGACCCCAUGGUGACGCUGAGGGAGUUCAUGAAGUAUCGGAAAGACUUCAUCAAGGAGAAAUGCGACUCUGUUCACCUCUUCUCAGGAAAUCGUUUUCACAGCAGCUGGGGAGGAGCUUCCUAUAUGGGAGGGGUUUGCUCCCUGACUAAGGGAGGGGGAGUCAAUGAGUACGGGAAAACAGAUGAGAUGGCCAUAACGCUCGCUCAGUCUCUUGGACAGAACAUUGGCAUCUUUUCUGACAAGAAGAGGAUCCUCAAUGGCGAGUGCAAGUGUGACGAUCGGUGGUCGGGCUGUAUCAUGGAUGAUGUUGGUUUCUACCUGCCCAAGAGGUUCUCCGACUGCAACGUGGAGGAGUACCAUAACUUCCUACACAGCGGCGGAGGAGCCUGUCUGUUCAACAAACCUCUGAAGCUGUUGGACCCUCCGGUAUGUGGAAAUGGCUUUGUGGAGCCAGGAGAGGAGUGUGACUGUGGCAGCCCAGGGGAAUGUGCCAGAGAGGGGGAGGCCUGCUGUAACAAGUGCACCCUGACCCAGGGCUCCAAGUGUAGUAAUGGACUCUGCUGCAACAACUGCCAGAUGGAGUUCAUGGGAGUUGUGUGCAGAGAUGCUGUGAAUGACUGUGACAUCCCAGAAAACUGCACAGGCAACUCCAGCCAGUGUCCACCAAAUGUGCACAAGAUGGAUGGCUACACAUGUGAAAAGGACCAGGGUCGCUGCUUCAAUGGAAGGUGCAAAACCAAAGACAGACAGUGCAAGUACAUUUGGGGAGAGAAGGCGACAGCGGCCGACAAGUUCUGUUACGAGAAAUUAAACAUUGAAGGGACAGAGAAAGGCAACUGUGGGAAGGACAAGGACACCUGGAUCCAGUGUAACAAACAGGAUGUUCAUUGUGGAUACCUGCUGUGCUCCAACAUCUCACCUGCCCCGCGAUUGGGAGAGCUGCAGGGCGGGCUGACCUCUUUCUCAGUAGCGCGGCACAGUGCUUCUCUUGACUGCAGUGGUGCUCAUGUGCUGAUCGAUGGUGACACUGACCUGGGAUACGUCGAGGAUGGGACGGCCUGCGGUACAGACAGCAUCUGUUUCAAUCACAAAUGUCUCCCCGUCCAACAGUUCAACUUCAGCACCUGCCCCGGGACCACCGACAAAACAGUCUGCUCUGGACACGGGGUGUGCAGUAGUGAGCUGAAGUGUGUGUGUUACCUGGGCUGGGCAGGAGAGGAUUGUAACUCCACGUCUCCUCUCAGUUAUCUUGUGGUGGGACCCACUGUCCCAGUUUCAGGUAUCACCACUACCAACAUCAUCGUCGGGGCCAUCGUAGGCUCCAUCCUCUUCCUCGCCCUCAUACUGGCUGUUACAGCCUUGUGUUACAAGAGCUACAAACAGAGACGCUACAAUGAGUCUGAGGUUCACCGAAGAUUCUGCCGGCAAAUGCCCCCAGGUGACUAUGUAACAAAGCCUGGGGAUGCAGAUUCAUUUUACAGCGACAUGCCUCCGGGUGUGAGCACAAACUCUGGCUGCAGCUCCAAGAAGAGGUCAGCCUGCCUGUCGCACCUGCAGAUUUGCACCUUGUCCUUCACUGCCUCCAUCCCAUCCAUUACUCAGAACAUCUCACUGUUUGGCUUCAGAUCUAAUGGCCUUUCCCACUCAUGGAGUGAGAGAAUCCCAGAUGCCAAACACAUCUCUGACAUCUGUGAAAAUGGGCGACCAAGGAGCAACUCAUGGCAAGGAAAUCUGAGCGGUAAUCGUAAGAAACUGAAAGGGAAGAAGUUCCGUGCUCGCUCUAACUCCACAGAGACACUAUCCCCUGCCAAGUCUCCCACUUCCUCUACAGGAUCUAUUGCAUCCAGCAGGAGAUACCCCUACCCCAUGCCCCCUCUCCCCGACGACCAGAGGAAAGCCAACAGGCAGAGUGCCAGGCUGUGGGAGACUUCAAUAUAACAGCCAUCUUACCUACUCUGCAAAAGACCUUAAGGAACUACAUUUGUCUCUCCUUUUCUAUGAAUGAAAAACACAAAAAAUAAAACAAAAUUAACUCUGAGCGAUUAAAAGAGAAAGCGAGAGAGCCCCCCACUGGAGUGGAAAUAGGCAAAAUGUGUGUGUGAGUCAGUGUGUGCAAGCAUCUCCGAGACUGUCUUGCCUGGCGUCGUCAUUCAGUGGAUUUCUACAAGGCGAUGCGGAGUACUGGCCGAGAAACCAGCUCCACAUCCACUCCAGAACAGCUGGAGCUCAGACUGAGCUGUUCCUGUCUGCUCAGUCCUCACCUAUGGGUCUGGAACCCCCCCCCCGUCCCCCCCGUCCUCCCCGUCCUAGAACCUCAAACCUUGACACACCCUCCUUAGCUCGGCUCUUGUCACGCUCACUUCACCGCCACCGUUUGGAGUUUCUCUCUAAAAAAAAAAAGGAGCUGUGGAAGCCAGGAGCAUUGUAUCACACUGCAUCGCUGGAUUUGUUGGAUCAUUUUGAUGCACGCGAAUCACUGUAGAAACUCCAACACUGUAUGCAUGAGUCAACCCUGUUUAUCAGCAACCUCCUCCUACUGAAAAGACUAGAAGAACAGUUGUCUGAUCUGAAAGGAAAGCAUGCGAGGGGGCAGUGAUUUUAUACCUUCAGUAGGCUUAGAUGCUUUCUCUCCACUAUAAGUAACCCAUAUUGUAUCACCAGUUAUAUCCCAUAACCCAUGACAUGGACCCAACCUGACCCCGCUCUUCUCCUUCUCCUCCUUCUCCUCCUCCUCCUCCUCCUCCGCCCCCUCCUCUCGGUUUGUUUGUACGUGUGUAAAUAUGUACAGUAAAAUACACACAGAGUAUGUUUCUGCUUUUAUUUUGAAAGAGAGGGACAUAUCUUCUCUCCUCUUCCUGUUGUAUUGUGUUGUAGACAGAAGCAGAUUUCUGUAGAUAAGUGUUCUGUCUGUGUUUCUAUUUUCCGGCCUCAUUUCUUUCUCCCUCUGGCUUUUUUCCUGUGUGACUGUGACCUAUAUAGCUUUCUCCAUCCACAGCAGAAUGUAAACGUGUUUUUAUAUUAUCUUGACACUGGUUUCAUCCACCUCUGGGAGAAAUGCACAGGCAUCCAGUAAUGACUGAGGACGUAUUGAUAAAGAUGUUUGAAUGUUGCUGAAGCAGCUGUUGAUGAGUAUUAUUUAGGUAAAUUGAAAUAGUUUUAUGUGCCAUUCCUGAGUGAAAUAAAUGGGAUGUAUUUAGUGAAGUUAUCGAGGUACCACUUCUCCGUCGUGUGGUUUUUGGAAAUUUCCCAUUGAUAAAAUAAAGAUGUGUUUAGUUUCCCCUGAUUGUGUGUUUGGAUGUUUGAGACCAGUGUGCUCCUGUUUUCACUAUGGCAGUGGGUGAAGUCCCUCAGAUGAAUGCAAGAAUAGGAAGUUAAUAACGUGAGUGUGGUUGAUGACUUUAAUUGGCUGAGGAAUCUGGAAACUGUGAUUGAAAUGUGCAUUUUGGAUUUAGCUGUGAUUGAUUGAGAUAUUUAGCCUUGUAAAUGAUUAACUAUGCUGUACAGUGCUUGCUGUUUGAGCUUGUGAAGACCAACAGCAUGACAGUUCUAUAUCAAAUUAUUUCUCUGAUAGGCUAUUUGUGAGACCAUAACUGGAAACAAGCAUGCCACUGAAAGACUCUCCCCUCAUUGCCUAUUUGCUGUUUGUUACACUGUUGUUACACUGUUUGUCAGCAAAGUCAGGACAAUUCAUGGCAGGUUUUUAAAUGAUUGAAUAGAGUUUUUGUGCUUUGACUGACACCAGUGUAGCUAUUUAAGUUGAAUUUUGGGAAACGUAUGCCAUAUCGCUCCCCGAAAGCAAGUUCUUCUUCUCUUACGGCCUCCUGUUUGUCAUUUUACUGUUUUUUACUUUUUGUUCUGGUGUGGGCACUUGUUCAUUUGUAACUCAUGUAUCUAUUAGGACUGUAUAGGUAAUAUGAUCUUCACAAUAUUGGACUAAUAUUGCUACUAGUAUGUUUUUUUAUUAAGUACCUUUGUAAUCUUUUUUCUCAUCAUUAUGUAUGGCAACGAUCCAAACAGUAAUUAAGUGCAUUUUUCUAAUUAUGUGUGUUGAUGAGUUUGAAUGGAGACAUUUUUUUGAAACACAUUUGUCCUAGGGCCAAUAGAAGCAGUCAUCCCUCUGGCAUGUGCUAAUCUGUAUCAUAUAACGUUUGGACACACAUAACAUUGUAAAUGUCUGUAUGGGCUCAUGAUUUGCCUUCUACCAGAGCUUUUGUCUUUACUCUGGUCUUCUUCAAGUAUUGGUCAGUGUCUAGUGGCCCAGCUAUCUUCCUAGGCUGCCCAAUGCUGUGGAGAGCAUUUGAACUAUUGAGUAAUAUUUUAAAUAUCACAAUACUGUGCUACAGUGAGACAUCUGUCCUGGUGUCAUGGAGGGUGCACUGCACUACAUUCUGAGCACUCUCCACUACGAAUGGGACCAUGCAGGUGGCAGUGACUUCUACGACUGUACAACUGUCAAUCUUCCAAACAUAUUGGCUGGAUCUGCCUGCGAGCACAUGGUUGGACCGACAGAUCCUUACAGGACGACCCUGGCAAAAACAUCCCCUACAGAUGAGCUGUCUGUCUCUGUCUGGCCAGAGACUUGAAUGUAUUUGUGUACUGGAGCACAACCACCACCCAGUCUCUCAACCAUGUGGUCCCAUCUUGCCAGACACAUCAGCAUUCUGCUGCAGGAACCUUGAAAACCUGCGCUAGUUAAAAUAAAAGUACUGCAGUAGCUGUCUUUUUUUCCCCUACCUGUAUGCUGUACAGACUGAUGCAAAAACCAAUCCC